AUGAGUAAUAUUAAUUCUGCUUCAAUUGAUUCGACAACGACGACGACGACGACGACGACAACAACAACAACAGUUGUCGAAGAAUCAACAAAUGAUAAUCAAAAUUUAUUAUCAUAUGAAUUAAUAAAAGAUCAAAUAUUUGAAGUUGGUCCACGUUAUACAGAUUUAAAAUAUAUUGGUGAAGGUGCAUAUGGUAUGGUUGUAUCAGCUUAUGAUAAACAAACAUGUGAACGUGUUGCAAUAAAAAAAGUAUCACCAUUUGAACAUCAAUGUUUUUGUCAACGUACAUUACGUGAAAUAAAAAUUCUAGCAAGAUUUAAACAUGAAAAUAUUAUUAAUAUGCAAGAUAUCAUACAUGCGAAUACAUUUGAACAAAUGAAAGAUAUUUAUAUGGUACAACAAUUAAUGGAAUGUGAUAUGUAUAAAUUAAUUAAACAUGAAAAACUAAGUUCAGAACAUGUUUGUUAUUUAUUAUAUCAAAUUCUACGUGGAUUAAAAUAUAUUCAUUCAGCAAAUGUACUUCAUCGUGAUCUUAAACCAUCAAAUUUAUUAUUAAAUACAAAUUGUGAUUUAAAAAUAUGCGAUUUUGGUUUAGCAAGAGUUGCUGAUCCAUCAUUUGAUCAUAAUGGUGUACUUACAGAAUAUGUAGCUACAAGAUGGUAUCGAGCACCAGAAAUAAUGUUAAAUGCUCGCGGUUAUAAUAAACCAAUUGAUUUAUGGUCUGUAGGAUGUAUUUUAGCUGAAAUGCUUGAUGGAAAACCAUUAUUUCCUGGUAAACAUUAUAUUGAUCAACUUAAUUUAAUUCUUAAUGUUGUCGGUUCUCCUGAUGAACAUGAUUUAGCAUCGAUUAUAAAUGAAAAAGCACGAAAUUAUAUAUCUAGUUUAAAAUUUCGUGUAAAACAACCACUUAGUCGUCUUUUUCCACAUUCGGAUAAAAAUGCAUUAGAUUUACUUGAGCGUUUAUUAACAUUUGAUCCAAAUAAACGUAUUACUGUAUGCGAUGCACUUGCACAUCCAUAUUUAAAACAACAUCAUGAUCCUCAAGAUGAACCGAUAGCAAUACAUCCAUGUACAUUUGAAAUGGAAAUGGAUGAUUAUCCAAUUGCAGAAUUAAAAAAAUUGAUAUGGCAGGAAACAGGAUUAAUUAAAAACAAUAUUAUAUCAGAACAAAUGCCAAUUAUAUCGUCUUAA